AUGGCGCCUCCGCAGCAGCGCAGCGCCUACGUCAAGUGCUACUCCUGCUCGUAUGCCUGGAACUGGAAGACCAAGCAGACGUGCUACUGGUGUAGCAAAGCCUUGGCGCCGUGGACAGAUGCCCCGCCUCCGGUUCAAGGAGCAUGGGCGGCCCGCGUCACAGCCGCAGCCCAGGCCGAGUCCAACUGCAAGGGAGGAUGGGAACCGUGGUCUUCAUGGCCCAAGUCCCGCCGCCGCCGCAGCAAGGGCAACGGCAAGGACCAAGAGGACGACUGGUGGGCCAGCAAGAACGACACCCCCAAGGCUCGCUCCGCAGAGGACAUCCUGGCGGAGCUCCAGGCGAUCGCCCCCCACAUCGACAAGGCAGCCAUCGACGGCAUCAAGUCGCAGAUUCCGCCGCCCCAGCCGCAGAAGCCAGCCGACCUCAACGACAUCUACAGCCGCGCCCAGGCUACGGAGCGCCGCUGCAAGAACAACCUGGAGAGGCUGCUCGAAAGCGAGCAAAAGGCGCUCAGCUGGUACACCGAGCGCAAGCAGGCGUCGGAGGAGGCCGCCUACAAGUUGGCAGAAGCCCAGGCCGAGGCCCAAGCGGCUCUCGAUGCACUCCAAGCCGCUCGCAAGGGCGGCACAGCUACUCCCACGCCGUCGCAGCAGAACCCGACGUUCAACCUCACCAGCCUCCUCGAGGACGGCGACAUAUCCAUCGAAGCGGGUUCGGCGUUCGAUCUCCAAGGCCUCGACAUCGACGACAGCGACCGCCAAGCUUGGGAAUCCCUCCAACAGCGCUUCGCCACGGAGCUCAAGGCCAAGGUCACGGAGCUCUUCGGCAACACCGCCAGCCGCAUCAGCCAGCUCCGCGCAGAGGCCAGCACCAUGCGCACGCGCUUCGCCUCCAAGCGACAGCGGUGCGCAAGCCCACUGCGACCGCCGCGGCUGGAGCGCAGCAGCCUCUUUAGCCGCCUACAACCCGACCCUGGACGGAAUGGUGAGACGGGACGCCUACCGUCAGAGACCAAGAGCUAUGACAACCCACCGAUCAUCAAUACAAUGGACGCAGUCCUCGACCCGUUCGACGAGCUGGCCGAGUUGGACGCCCACAUCGACUUCGCAGUCACAGAUCAGUACGCUACCGCCCCGCCCGAGACGCUGUCCUCGGUAGGGGGCGAUGAGGCGGCACAGUCCGUCGACCCCGUGGCAUGGGACCCAGGGCAGCCGCAGCGUGAUGCGCGCGCCGACCCUGAUGCCGCUCCGCCCGAGACGCUGUCCUCGGUAGGGAGCGAUGAGACGGCCCAAGCUGUCGACAUGCAUGUGGCACAGGAACCAGGGGAGCCUUCGCCAAAGGCAAACCCUGAUGCCGCCCCGCCCAAGACGCAGUCCUUGGUAGGGGGCGAUGAGAUGGCGAAAGCUGUCGACAUGACCGCAGGGAAAGGCUCAUGGAAGCCCAGCAGCCCGAGAGCCGACCCCAGACCCGCCUACCAAGACGAAUGCCCUACGAAGCCCACGCUGUCAGAUCACUCCCUGUUCUUCUCCAACAUUACUCAGUGGGGGCCACAGUCGGAGAAAUGGCUGGCAGGGCCAGGCAAACAAUAUCAGAUGGUAGCAUUGGUUGAAACGCACAUCUCGCCUGGAAAAGCGCCGCUCAUCUACGACAAGCUAGCAGCGGACGGUUGGAGGAUAUCAUCGACUACGGCCACGCCUACCAGCAGAUCAGACGGAGGCAACACGGGUGGCGAGAUCAUCCUUUCCAGGUACCAUGUCCAGGCCACCACGUUCAACCACCUCCGUGACCUUGCCAUCUCCCAGCGCAGGCCCGACCCGUGCCGCGGCUUCGCGCCCAUGGUAUGGCGCAGACGCUCUGGCAACCUGGUCGUUAUUGCAGCGCAUCUGGAACCCCACAGGCAGAUCGAGGGUGCAGUGCACGAUAAGCUACUUUCGCUGGGAGCCUUCGUUACUAUGCUCACGGACCCUUGGAUCAUCCUGGCCGAUUGGAAUAUGACACCUGAGCAGCUCGCAGCGACAGAGUGGCUCGCCAAAUGGAAUGCUACCAUCGUGCGAGCGCCUGGACCCGCCACGUGCGACAAGGGCCAGGGACUCACGCUUGAUUUCGCAUUGGUCAAGACUGGCAUCGAGCACACGAUCUCCAUUCGCCAGUGCCCCACCGUACCUAUCCCUUAUGCUAUCCCGAUGGACUUGUGGGAAGAACAAUGGCAGGAAGCGGUACCCACACGUUGUAAGCAGCCUCACGCGCACUUCGCGUACAGACACUGGGUGCGCGACGCCGACGACCUCAACCUCAAGUACGCCAAAUGGGUCACGGCGCUCGAGAACACCAUGAUCAGCCACCACCAGAUCGACCCGAAGGAAGCCGCAGCAUACACAGGCCGAGCCCAAGGCUACCAGUUAUCUUGGAAGAAGACAGCCGCCGCCCCAGGCCGCGUACACGUACGUGACCCUCAGUCGGAAUGGUGGGCAAUCACGCUCACCCUCAUCAAGCGCUACGCUGCGCUUCACGACAAGCCCAAGCACACAGCGCUCAUGCAGCAGCAGGCCUCCAUCAUCCAGCAGCGCGCGGACCACUUCAACACUCACAUGCACGACCUCCAGUUCGAGAAGGAUGAGGACACCAUCUUCCGCUGGUUUGCACUCCUCUGGGCCCCGCACUUGGACAAGGAUGACACCGACGACUUGGUCACUAUUACCGCUACUUGGGCCUCCAGAGCGCUCUCCGCCGCCCUCGCCAAGUCCAAGAGGGCCUACGGGGCUUGGCUCGCCAAGCAAUGGAAGCACCGCCCUGGAGUACUACACGCCCAUGUCAAGCCAGCGCCCGUACGUCACAUCGAGGCCUACACGACCAACCUGACCAUCGCCGACCCCACCGUUAUCAUGGACAACAAGAAGCAACAAUGGCAACAAGUAUGGCAAGCCACCGAGACCCCCGACGACAUCCUACAG